UUGAAUGAGCCCGCCGAGCCGCGGCCGCCGACCCGAGCCGCGCGGGCCCCGAGCCGCCGCCGCCGCCGCUGCCAUGGCCACGCCGCUGUCCGGCCGCGCGGGCGGGCCCGCCACGCCGCUGUCGCCCACGCGCCUGUCGCGGCUGCAGGAGAAGGAGGAGCUGCGCGAGCUCAACGACCGCCUGGCGCACUACAUCGACCGCGUCCGCGCGCUCGAGCUCGAGAACGACCGGCUGCUGCUCAAGAUCUCCGAGAAGGAGGAGGUGACCACGCGCGAGGUGAGCGGCAUCAAGACGCUGUACGAGUCGGAGCUGGCGGACGCCCGCAGAGUGCUGGACGAGACGGCCCGGGAGCGGGCGCAGCUGCAGAUCGAGAUAGGGAAGCUGCACGCCGAGCUGGAGGAGGCCAGCAAAAGCUCCAAGAAGAGGGAGGGCGAGCUUGUGGUGGCCCAGGCCCGCGUGAAAGACCUGGAGUCCCUGUUCCAGCGGAGUGAGGCAGAGCUGGGCGCUGCCCUCAGCGACAAGCGCAGCCUCGAGGGCGACGUGGCUGAGCUCCGGGCCCAGCUGGCCAAGGCGGAGGACGGUCACGCAGUGGCCAAGAAGCAGCUGGAGAAGGAGACGCUGAUGCGCGUGGACCUGGAGAACCGCUGCCAGAGCCUGCAGGAGGAGCUGGACUUCCGGAAGAACGUCUUUGAGGAGGAGGUGCGGGAGACGCGGCGGCGGCACGAGCGGCGCCUGGUGGAGGUGGACAGCAGCCGGCAGCAGGAGUACGACUUCAAGAUGGCACAGGCGCUGGAGGAGUUGCGCGCCCAGCACGACGAGCAAGUGCGGCUCUACAAGCUGGAGCUGGAGCAGACCUACCAGGCCAAGCUGGACAACGCCAAGCUGCUCUCUGACCAGAACGACAAGGCUGCCAGCGCCGCCCGGGAGGAGCUGAAGGAGGCCCUCAUGCGGGUCGAGUCCCUCAGCUACCAGCUCUCCGGCCUCCAGAAGCAGGCGAGUGCCGCCGAGGACCGGAUCCGCGAGCUGGAGGAGACCAUGGCUGGGGAGCGGGACAAGUUCCGGAAGAUGCUGGACGCCAAGGAGCGCGAGAUGACGGAGAUGCGGGACGUGAUGCAGCAGCAGCUGGCCGAGUACCAGGAGCUGCUGGACGUCAAGCUGGCCCUGGACAUGGAGAUCAGCGCCUACCGCAAGCUCCUGGAGGGCGAGGAGGAGAGGCUGAAGCUGUCCCCCAGCCCGUCGUCGCGGGUCACCAUCUCACGGGCUGCGUCGAGCGGCAGCGGCAGCAGCGUGUCCACGGCCGGGCGCUCGGGCCGCAGCAAGCGGAAGCGGCUGGAGGCGGAGGAGGCGCUGGGCUCGGCCUCGAGCGGCAUCGGCCCUGGCAUCGGCGUCGGCAGCGGCAGCUUCCACCUGGCCCAGCAGGCCUCGGCCUCGGGCAGCGUCAGCAUCGAGGAGAUCGACCUGGAGGGCAAGUUUGUGAGGCUGAAGAACAGCUCGGACAAGGACCAGUCUCUGGGGAACUGGAGGAUCAAGCGGCAGAUCAUAGAAGGGGAGGAGAUUGCCUACAAGUUCACGCCCAAGUAUGUGCUGCGGGCCGGCCAGACGGUCACGGUCUGGGCAGCUGGUGCGGGGGUGGCCCACAGCCCCCCCUCGACGCUCGUCUGGAAAAGCCAGAGCAGCUGGGGCACAGGCGAGAGCUUGCGGGCUGUGCUGGUCAACGCCGAUGGGGAGGAAGUGGCCAUGAGAACCGUGAAGCAGUCCUCGGUGGUGCGGGAGGCCGAGAACGGAGAGGAGGGAGACGAGGACGGAGCCGAGUUCGGCGAGGAGGACCUUUUCCAUCAGCAGGGGGACCCGAGGACCACCUCCCGAGGCUGCCGCGUGAUGUGAACGAACACGCCUCAUCCCACACCUUUCUUUACCCAGAGCCACUGAAAACUAUUUUUAUACCAUUGGCGCUCUUUAGUCCUUGAUACAUUUCUAGAGAAUUUUUAAGCAAACUGCCAGGCCGUCGGGGUGGGUCUCUGUCGAUCUUUCCUGUGGGUUGGUUCCUCGGACCCUCCGCUCAUCAUCACUGUUCAGGAGAGUUUUUCUGGUGCCCCGUUUCACCAUUUGGUUGAAUUCCAGGCCCAGGAACCACAUGGUUAGCAGAGUGGGCUUGGCGGCUGGAGGGUUGGGCUGACCUCUGGGGGCUGCCCACUGCCCCUGCCUCCACCACAGACCCCCCGGGGCUGGGGCGGGGAGGAGCUGCCCCUGGGGCCCUGAGGUGAUGGAGAGCGGUGCUGCAUAGGAAUUCAAUAGUAGUGGUUUGUUUUGUUUUUGUGUGAGGAAGAUCAGCCCUGAGCUAACAUCUGCCAAUCAUCCUCUUUUUGCUGAGGGAGACUGGCCCUGGGCUGACAUCCGUGCCCAUCUUCCUCCACUUUAUAUGGGACGCCGCCACAGCAUGGCUUGACAAGCGGUGCUUCGGUGCGCGCCUGGGAUCCGAACCGGCGAACCCUGGGCCGCCACAGCGGAUCGUGCGCACUUAACCGCCUGCGCCACCCGGCCGGCCCCAGUAGUGGUUUGUUUUAUUAAGCUUUUUUAAAACCAAAUUCAGAAUCCAGGUUCCGACCUGGUGGGGGGCAGGGGCGUACCCCCCUCGAGUUCUGGUGGCUCAACCAACCGGAAACGAGGUAUUGGAGCGCUGAGGAAUGGUGCGUUUGACCUCGACCCGGCCCUCCGGGGUGGGGGCAGUUCCCGCUGUGGCGGUGGGCAGCAGCGAGGUUUCUGCCCUCUUGGAUCGGGGUGCUCUGGGCUGGGCCGCCUCCUGCCGUUUCUGGCUGCCUGACCCUUGCGUUUCUGGAGCUUUCUGUAGGUGAGGUCCUCACCCUGCGGGACCAGCGGGGCAGGAGAGAAGGAAGCCUAGGGGACGGGGACAGUUCCGUUCUAAGACUUGUCGCCAGGUAAAUGGUGAGGGGACAAGUUUGAUAACCUCAGAAGCAAGCGCCUCGGGGUUCAGAACCAUGUCCACGUGUGCCAACCACUUCCCGCCCUCCUGGCAGGAGGAAGGUGACUUCACGGCAAGUCCCUGGGCCCCUCCCUGUUUCCCCACCCUGCCGUGUGCACGGGGCUGAGACUGGCCCCCGUUUCCCACGUAGAUCCUCACGCGUUUGUUGACAGCCUAGCUUCUGUCUAACCUUGCUGAUGUGCUGGCCCUGGGACACGCCCGUUGCCUCCUGCGGGCCGGCUCCACACCACGCAGCCGCCCUGGCCGCCGGCCACCCCUCCUGCGUUAGCCUCCCGUGUCCACCCUCCUGCUUAGAUACACAGAAGUUAUUUUUUUAAUGGAUAUUUAUUUUUUUACAUUGGUCAGUACUCAGAUUGCCAGGAUCCCGCUCCAGGGGCUCAUGCCAGGGUCACCAGGACAGUGCCCCGGGGUGGGCUGGCAUCCAGGGGCCUGUCUCAGUGAGCUGAGCCCCCAGAGGGCAGACUCCUUCAGAAAGUGCAGCUCAAGUCUUACAGACGCAACCCUGAGCCAUGAGGCGUGCUGCCUGGAAGGCGACGUGUACAGCGCAGCCGCACUGGCCCCUCGUGGGUCACGCUAGCCCUGGGCAGCACACUCGCCCCACCUGUACGUGUCUGGCUUUGCUUGGGAAUUCCUAAUGGCGAGGAGGGUUGGAGGCCGGGAAAGUGCCAGUGGCUGACAACACAAACACUGCUGCUGCUGCUGUAUCUAGAACCUGCUAGAAGCCCCUUGCUUUCAGUCCGGAUCUUUCUAUGGUCUCCAGGCCAUGGGCUGUGUUUUCUCUGUGGAGGGAAAUGUGUCACCAAAACAACUCACGGAAAGUGCAGACACCCCCCAUUUGUGGUGGCCUGCCCUGGCCAUGCACCAUCCUGCCCCGUGUGGGACCUCUCCUGGGAGUGCUUCCCAGGCCCCUGAGGCUGCAGGCUGCCUCCCCUUCCCGCCCUGGCUUAGUGGGAGCCCUGGCCUAGGGGGAGCCGUGUGGACAGUGUGUGGACGAGGCGCUGGGAGGGUGGGGCUUGCUGGCCCCCAGACACGCAGGAGUCUGCGCUGGUCUGGGCCACACUCCUCAGUGUAUUUUGGGACUCUCUGGGGAUCAAAGCUGUGUCCUGGAAUUUGGGUCUGAUUUGCUGUCUUUCCGGCUUGGUCCAGGGACAGGAAGGAAGGGAGCGGGCCCCACCCUCCCCACAGGCCCAGAUGUCCCCCUAGUGCCUAGCAGAGCCCCUAGGCUCACAGAUAGGGGCUGUUCUCCCCUUACCGCACCCCAGGUGGGCCUGGCUAAGGUCUUGGGUGGAAAUGGGAGGUGGCCUGGGCAGCCACUGGGGUGCCCUUGGCUGUGGGGAGUAGGCUACACUGGACUGCGUGUGUGGCCAGGUGGUGACUGGAGGUUGGUGAUUUGGUGGUGGUUGGUAAUCAAGUAUUUGGAAACAUGGAGCAGAAGCCAAUGUUAAAAUGUCGCUGUGGCCUGGGAAACAGUUUGCACCAGCCCUGAAACAUGCUUAGCUUUAAGCCACUUAAAAUGAUGCGGAAAUGAUUCUUUUGUCUGCGCCCCUAUCAUGUGACUCCAGGCAGCACCCUUCCUAGAGGAAAACCGGACUCCGGCUCAGCCCUGGCAAGGUGGGAGGCCUGCCUGUGGGCAUGCAGGGAUGGGGAGGCCGCCCCGGGCCUACACUAAGGGCUCUUCACCUGGACUUGCUCUCUCAGCUCCUUUGCUAACAACGAGGCCUCCGACUCGGGUGGUUGGCAGCGCACGUAGACCGGGAGUUCUAUUUAUAGUAGCACAGCCCAGACGAGACUGACAUUCCUCAAGGAGGGCAAAGCCACUCGGAAGGUCUUAAGUCCGUGCCCCCAAGGGCAUCUCGCUAGCGGAGUCGGGUCAACAGCUGCGCCGUCUGGACUUCAUUUCAGAGAUUGGUUGGUUUUUACGAUGCAUGCCAAACGUGUGGUCUUUAUUUCUCCGAUGAUUUGUAAUAUACAUUUUAUGACUGGAAACCUUUUGUACAACACUCAAUAAACAUUUUGGUUUUAA